ACUCCAUUACACCAUACAAAGAUAAACCCUCUCAGCCCACCCUUAUCCCCUUCUCCUCCUCCCUCUGGCCUCCAUCCAUGGCGGCAUCUUCUUCCUCUUCUCUUCUCGGCGUUUCUUCCAUUCGAAUCGACCAUUGCAAACGCCCCACCUCCGCCUCGCCAUUAUCCUUCCAUUUCUCCGUCGCCCGCAAUCCUUUCAGAGCUUUCUCGUCCGUUUCCAAGCGGCCUUCUGCCGCUCCGUAUUCUUUUGUCACUUCCGCUGUUUUCACUCCCAACUCUUCGAUUUUGAGCGAGGAGGCGUUCAAGGGGCUCGGGGGAAGCUUCGGGAAGGCCGAUUUGGAUGUCGACGAGAGUGAGUAUCGAGGGUUUGAGGAAGAGGAUUUGGGGGAAACCCAGUCUGUAAGCGAUGAUGAACUCGAUGUUUCGAAGUUGGGUUUGCCUCAACGCCUUGUCGAUACGCUCGAGAAGCGUGGGAUUACGCAGCUCUUCCCUAUCCAAAGAGCUGUCUUAGUGCCGGCAUUGGAAGGCCGCGACAUAAUUGGGCGUGCGAAAACCGGGACAGGGAAGACAUUGGCAUUCGGUAUACCUAUACUUAAAGGGCUGGAUGAACUUGAGCAAGAAAGGGGUUCUUUGAGACGAGGGCGCCUUCCGAAGGUCUUGGUUCUUGCGCCGACUAGGGAACUGGCGAAGCAAGUGGAGAAGGAAUUCAAAGAGUCUGCUCCAAAUUUGAACACUGUCUGCAUAUACGGAGGGGUUUCGUAUCUCACUCAAGAAAGUGCCCUGUCUCGUGGAGUUGACAUUGUGGUUGGAACUCCGGGUAGGAUUAUCGACCUGAUCAAUAACAACAGCCUGAAGUUAGGGGAAGUCCAGUAUUUGGUCCUCGAUGAAGCGGAUCAAAUGCUUGCUGUUGGAUUCGAGGAAGAUGUGGAGGUCAUUCUCGAAAAGCUCCCUUCACAGAGGCAGAGCAUGCUUUUUUCAGCUACCAUGCCCGGCUGGGUCAAGAAGCUUGCUAGAAGAUAUUUGAAUAAUCCUCUGACCAUUGAUUUGGUUGGUGAAAAUGAAGAAAAAUUGGCGGAAGGGAUUAAAUUGUAUGCUAUUUCAGCUACAGCAACAUCUAAGCGAACUAUCCUCGGUGAUCUUGUAACCGUCUAUGCCAAGGGUGGGAAAACCAUUGUUUUCACGCAGACGAAGCGGGAUGCCGAUGAAGUCUCGCUAGCAUUAACUAAUAGCAUUGCGGCCGAGGCAUUGCACGGUGACAUUUCGCAACACCAGAGAGAAAGAACGUUAAACGGAUUCAGGCAAGGAAAAUUUACUGUCCUUGUCGCCACAGAUGUCGCUGCUCGUGGGCUUGAUAUUCCCAAUGUUGACCUUAUUGUUCAUUACGAACUUCCGAACGACCCGGAAACAUUUGUGCAUCGCUCGGGGCGAACAGGGCGCGCGGGGAAAGAAGGAACAGCUAUUUUGAUGUUCACAAGCAGCCAGAGAAGGACGGUGAAAUCUCUUGAGAGAGACGUCGGUUGCAGGUUCGAGUUCGUAACUCCGCCGUCUGUUCAGGAGGUUUUGGAAUCGUCGGCUGAGCAAGUAGUCGCCACCCUCGGCGGAGUUCAUCCCGAAUCUCUCGAGUACUUUACCCCAACUGCAGAAAAACUCAUGGAAGAACAAGGAGUGAACGCUCUCGCUGCAGCUUUAGCAACCUUGAGUGGUUUUUCUCAGCCUCCGUCUUCUCGUUCGCUGAUUACUCAUGAACAGGGAUUGGUUACGUUGCAAUUGACGCGUGAGAGUGGUUAUUCUCGAGGGUAUCUGUCUGCAAGAUCCGUCACUGGCUUUCUCUCCGAUGUUUAUGCACCGGCUGCUGAUGAAAUGGGCAAAUUACACCUGAUUGCCGAUGAAAAGGUUCAAGGAGCUGUUUUCGACCUCCCAGAAGAGAUUGCGAAAGAGUUAUUAAACAAGGAAUUGCCACCGGGAAACACUAUUUCGAAGAUCACUAAGUUGCCUCCCUUGCAAGAUGACGGCCCUUCGAGUGAUUUUUACGGCAGGUUUUCCAAUAACGAAAGGCGCGGCGGCAGCAGCAGAAGAGGAGGUGGAGGUGGAGGUCUAAGAGAUCGAAGAGGUUCUAGAUCUUCCCGGGACUGGUUGGACGAUAGCGAUGACAGUGAUAACAACUUCAGAAGAGGCGGCCGUGGAGGGAGAAGUGAAAACAGGUGGUCUAGAAACUCGAGAAGCAGUGGAAGCAACGAUUGGCUGAUUGGCAGCGGCGACAGACGAUCAAGCCGGUCGCCAUCUUCUUUCGGAGGGUUCAAAGACAGCAACCGAAGCUUUGGGGGCGCAUGCUUCAACUGCGGGCGAUCAGGCCAUCGUGCCUCUGAAUGCCCCAACAAGGACUACUAGUUCCCGAUGGAUGGGCCAGUUGUCCUUCGCCAGCAAAGCCAUCGCAUCGCCGCCGUCUUGGCCGGAAUUGGGAAGAAAAAUCUCGCAGAAGAAAUGGAAGAGAUGCUUCAAAACUCUGCUACAUGUUCUUUCUGUCUCUGCCUCUGUUACUAUCUAUCUGUUUAGUGUUUUAUCAUCUUUUGCUUCACUGAUCUAAGGCUGAUUGUAUUGGUAAUCUCACGAAUGGUGCCUAUAGAAAUAUAUAUAUAUAUAUUUAUAUAUGUAUUGGCUGCCUAACCCUACCCACAUUGAUGUAUUGAGAACACUGACUCCAGAACUCAUGUCAAUGCAUUUUAGCUGUUACUUUUCA